GCAGGAUGCAACAUCCAGUUACCAAGUAAAAUUAUGAUGAAGAAAGCUGUAGUUAAUGUAAAAUCAAAUGACAAUGCAUGUUUUGCAUGGUCAGUGGUGGCCAGUCUGCAUCCUGCUGAAAGGAAUACAGAUCAAGAAUCUUCAUAUCCACAUUAUUCUACGGUAUUAAAUCUGAAAGGCAUUGAGUUUCCAAUGACACUGCCACAAAUUAAAAAGUUUGAAAUUCUCAACAAAAUCUCCAUUCUCAACAAAUCUCCAUCUAUACUGCAUCGAGGAGAAGAAACUAUCUAUUUUUCCUAUACGACUCACCGAACAAAAAAUGGACAAACAUAUAAAUCUGCUAUGCAGGAUGACAAUGUGGGACAUUUUGCGUUGAUAAAGAAUAUGUCCCGUCUCAUGAGUUCACAACUCAGUAAGAAAAAGAAUAAGAAAUUCUUUUGUGAUCGAUGUCUACAUUAUUUUAGUUCGAACGACAAGUUGGAAAUUCACACAAUGGACUGUGGAAAAAUAAACGAUUGCGCUAUCAUAUUACCAAGCGAAGAUGACAAAUGGCUCAGCUUUAAAAAUUACUGUCGAAAGGAACGAAUGCUGUUUAUCGUAUACGUCGAUUUGGAAUGCAUCCUGGAGAAGACUGAGGAUGAGAAAAAUUACCAACAUCAUCGAGUAUUUAGCAUAGCAUAUUAUGUACACUGUGCGUAUGACAAUUCGCUAUCAAUGUAUCAGUUUCAUCGCGAUAAGAAUUGUAUCGCGUGGUUCGUCGAGCAAUUUAAAGAUUUAGCACAAAUUGUAAAUAAUAUUCUGUCGGUUAAUGUUCCCAUGGAUUUAACACAAGACGAUUGGAAAAAAUUUAACAACGCUACACACUGCCACAUUUGUGAAAAACCAUUUACGAAUGAAAUAGAACGGGUACGCGAUCAUUGUCAUUUAAUCGGUCGAUUUAAAGGUGCAGCGCAUUCAAAUUGCAAUUUAAAUUACAAAGAUUCGCAUUAUAUUCCUAUAGUUUUCCAUAACUUAUCUGGCUACGACGUGCAUUUUAUCAUCAAGGAAAUAGCUACAACAUAUGAAGGACGAAUAAACUUCCGAUAACAAAAGAAAAAUAUAUUUCAUUUA